UAAAAACUCAGAGAGAUAAAUAAAAAGGGUUCUAAUCAAUGGCUAAUCUACUUUGCUGUAACAAUGCCAUAAUCUUGUUGGCCUGUUUGUUUCUUGCUAACAAUGCUAUUGUUCUUGAGGCCUUGAAACACUCUCCCAAUAGAAUCAAGAAUCAACCUUACCGGACCAGUUAUCAUUUCCAGCCUCCCAAAAAUUGGAUGAACGGGCCUAUGAUAUACAACGGAGUCUACCAUCUCUUCUACCAGUGGUACCCUAACGGCGCCGUCAUGAAAGUCAACGAAAUCGUGUGGGGCCACGCAACAUCAAAGGACCUCAUUAACUGGACCCCACAUUCCCCAGCUAUCAAACCAUCUCGACCGUCCGACAUCAACGGCUGCUGGUCAGGUUCCGUCACGAUUCUCCCCGACGGCGAACCCGUGAUUCUCUACACCGGCAACGACCGUAACAACCAUCAGGUCCAAAACCUAGCCAAACCAAAAAACCUCUCCGACCCAUAUCUCCGGCACUGGACCAAAUCUCCGGUGAACCCUCUCGUGACACCCAACGCCAUCAACCACAUCAACUCCACCGCGUUUCGCGACCCAACCACCGCGUGGCUCGGCCGCAACGGACGGUGGCGCAUGAUCACCGGAAGCCAGGAAGGUCGCCGUGGACUAGCUCUUCUCUACACGAGCCGUGACUUCAUCAACUGGAAGCAGUCGGCGAAGCCUCUUCACUACAGCGACGGCUCCGGGAUGUGGGAGUGUCCUGAUUUUUUCCCGGUGGCGAAAACCACCUCAUACGGAGUAGAUACGUCGUCGUUUAGUGUGUCCGCCAAUCACGUGCUUAAAGUGAGCUUAUCAGACACAAGUCACGAUUACUACACGAUUGGUACGUACGAUCAAGUGAGAGAUCGGUUUGUACCGGACGAUGGUUUUGUUCUAGACGAUACGGCUCCGAGGUAUGAUUACGGCAAGUUUUACGCGUCCAAGACUUUUUACGACUCGGUUAAUCGACGGAGGAUCUUGUGGGGUUGGGUCAAUGAGUCGUCGCCGGAGGAGGAUAACAUCAAAAAGGGUUGGGCCGGUUUGCAGGCGAUUCCAAGGAAAAUAUGGCUUGAUGAAUCAGGAAAGAGACUGAUGCAAUGGCCAGUUAAGGAAAUAGAGAGUUUACGUACUACGCAAGUCAAGUGGGAAAAUAAAGUUUUGAAAAGAGGAUCUUUACUUGACGUGCAUGGGAUCACAGCUUCACAAGCAGACGUGGAGAUUUUGUUCAGAGUGAGUGGUUUAGAGAAAGCUGAUGUGAUUGAACCGAGUUGGACCGACCCACAAUUGAUUUGCAGCCAGAAGAAUGCAUCGUCGGUUAAAUCUGGUUUAGGUCCAUUCGGUUUAGUGGUGCUAGCCUCCAAGAACUUGGAAGAGUACACAUCAGUCUAUCUAAGAAUCUUCAAAGCUGGUCAGAAGAGUAAGGACCAUGUGGUGGUCAUGUGUAGUGACCAAAGCAGAUCGAGUUUGGACAAAGGGAAUAAUGAUAAAACAUCAUAUGGUGCAUAUCUUGAUAUAUCUCCUUACCAACCGAUCUCUCUGAGGACUUUGAUUGAUAAUUCAAUAGUGGAGAGCUUUGGUGGGAAAGGGAAAACAUGUAUUACCUCAAGAGUUUACCCAAAAUUGACAACAGGAGAAAAUACACAUCUUUUUGUAUUUAACAAUGGAUCUCAGAAUGUUGAUGUUUUAAGCUUAAGUGCUUGGAGCAUGAAGUCUUCUCUCUAAAAUCACUUCUUCAUGUGUAAGAGAUUCUUGAAACUCUUGGCGCGUCUGUAAUAAAAUAAAAAGCAUAUUUAAGUUAGAGAAUGUGAAGCUCCUCUUUUAAUUUGCAAACUCUAUUGAAACAAACCUUUUCUUUUA